UGGCAUCCAAAACUAUCAUUGAGAAAACACAGCUUGAAUCUAUUGAUAAUUCGAAACAAAGUUCCAAACCUUUAGUUUCAUCCCCCUUAAUACACAAAGGAUAUUCAUCUCAACUCAUAUCCAGCAUACAUGUAUUGCCAGAUUACGCUGAAAAGUGGACAGCUACGUUACCAACUGUUACUGCUAAAACCGAGAUGAAAAACAUCAAUGUAUCCGAUCUACAAAGUGUUCUCAUGACUACCAGCUUUCCAGGAUCGUCAACCUUAUCUUCAAUGCCAAUAAGUGUACAGUUGGACAUUGUUUCUUCUUCUUCAGAGUCAAACCAAAUAUUGGAAAUAAAUAAUGACUUAACUGAUAGGCCGCAAAUUGUGACGGACCUCUCAAACCGACUAUUGACAUCUCACAACACAGAAUACAGUAAUGGUCAGAUAUCCGUAUAUCACUCAACAGUCCCCACAGAAUCAACAGAAUAUUACCAAAUCUCUUCCGAGGAUACACUGAUGAUUUCCACGGUGUAUCCUUUACGUAACCAUGUCAGUAUAACGGAUACUGGUCUAAAUGGUACCAAAGAGACGACACACGACGAGCAAACUUUAGCCAGUGUUUAUAGCUUAGAAAAAACAAUGUUAAGCACCGUUUAUCAAAGUGAAAGUAGCUUUAUUCCGUCAGUCACGUCGUUCAUUGACCUUGCACCGUCAUCUUCUUUUGAAACUAUCCGUCAGUAUUCCACUCUGGAUAAUGCAUAUCAUUCCAUGAACUACAUUCAUGAUGAUUCCGAACCAGGCCAUCAUGCAGGAACUGAGGAAACUACAGAUGUGAAAGACAUUGUUGUUAAAACGAAUGAAAAGGAAAUAAAAAUUGAAAUAAACAUCAAUAACAACAUUGUUCAGGAAGAAAGAAAAUCGACGACGAUUACUACAACGACGACAACACAACAGCCUCCACAGAUGCCUUUAGAGUUGAUGGUCAUAUGUGCAUAUAUGUGCCAGCAAAGAGGAUCGCCGAUCCCUCCUUUUUGUGGCUGUACCCUACAAGCAUGGCUGCGCUGACAGAGAACCAGAGCACGUAGAAAACUGAGAUUACGUAAUAUAACAUUCGAUAUGUAGUAUUUCGGGAGAUUCAUUGACUAUAUAUAUAUAUCAAUAAAUAGUCAGUCUAUUGCUAUCCUUAAUAAUGCCUAUUUGGACAAAUUAUUUUGCAUAUAUAAUUCAUUUGAUUGUUGAAUGUCUACCAGUAAAAGUAUUUGUAAAUUGAAAUAAUAUCUGAAUGUUUUUAAAGCCGCAUACUCCCAAAUAAACUACACACACGUAUUAAUGGCAGUCCCAUAUGCUCAGUCACGCUCUCCUACCAUUAACAUGACCGUCGGACUGGACGGUUGACCAAGGGGAAUCCUUGCGACAUCUAUGUAUAUAACUAACUCGCCGCAUUUGAUUUUUUCGCGAGGCAAGAACGAGGCUACAACAACGUACACUACACAUAAACUACACACACGACCGUUAUUUACAUAUCGAGCAUGCGUGAACAUUCCUAUUAAAGCUGUCAUUUGAACACAUUAACAAAAUCUUAUCGUAAUAACUGAUCAAUAUAAACAAUCAUACAUCGUAAUACUUAUUUUAAAAUAUACCAAUAUCAAUAUAACAAAACAUCGUCAAAAAUCAAAUCGGUAAAUUGACAAUGAAUGAAGAAUACGGAAAAAGCUAACCAGCAAUCCAAUGCAAAUCUGGCAAAAUAGGAUUUCGAGUUUGUUUGUUUUGUUUUUUGUUUUUCUUCUUCUUUUGCUAACUUCCAACGUACAUAUUAAGUCUGAAAUCUGUAAAGAGUUCAAAAUGUAAACAUUUAUGUAUAUUUCUUUGGGAGUAUGUGGCUUUAAAAAAACUCAUAAUUUUUCUAUUAACCGUAUUUGUACUGUCGACAAUAUGCACUUUGCCUGUCUGUUUUUUUUUUUUAUAUUUGUUUGUCUUUUCUUAUCAUUUUCAUGUUUCAUAUCAAGAGUUACACAUUGGUAUUCUCCCUAUAAUUAACUCUUGUGUAUUAAAUCAUUCUGGUUUUCCAUUUCUAGCUGUUUAAUGCUUAAAUAUUUUGUUAUGGUCGUAUUACGACAUAUACAUGAACACUGAUUCAAUUAAAAAUAUAAAAGCACUAUUUUAUUCAAACUUUUAAAAAUACCUUUCUACUAUUAACUCAUAUUUCAGAUAUGUAGGUGUAUGUGUAUGAAUUCAUUGAAAUAAAAACAAAACUACUAACAGAUUUGUAAAAAUA